CUUAGUAGGAGACCCACGGAUGAAGAUGCCAGAUGCACGGUCCCAUCGGUUGUGUUUCCUGCUUUUUGCAUCGUUUUUCUGUCUCGGCACGGCGGCAGAGGUCUCCGUGUGGAACGUGGAGAUCAACUCGACACAAGAUGUGGUGUUUCGGAAGACGCUGUACACCAACACCACCAUAUUCAUGAAGUUCCAGGGUGACCCAAUGUUAUGUGAUAAAAGCCUGGCCUUUAACAUCAGCUGGUACCUGCGCUCCUCUGUUUGCUACAAUGAGGUUUUCAACACACCCGACAACAAAGCCAUGAAUAUGUUUGGUAUGGACCACAUGUUGAAAGACGGGUGGAGUGGCUUUUACAGUCAGGGCUACAUGUACUUCGACAACUGCUCCUCCCUCUUCUUACCGAAGGUUUAUUAUACCGACUUCAACCCAUAUCAGCCCCUCACUAGCCCAAAGAGUGACCCUUCGAAUCAGAGCCUUAUUUGGCCGGACAAGCCGGAUAUCAGUGCCGUGGCCAACGCUUGGGAGGACAGUCCGUAUCUGUUCAUAGUGAAGGUGCAGCCGUUGUUCCGCGGCAUUGAGGAUGAAGACAUCGGGGCCGAGCAGAUCAGCUUUGCUUUCACGAUGAAAGUUGAGAUGAAGGGACCACAUGACUACUCUUCUCCAGCAGACUGGCCCCUGAUGAUGUUCUUCAUGGUCAUGUGCAUUGUGUACGUGCUGUUCGGGGCUCUCUGGCUCUUCUGGUGUGCCUGCUAUUGGAGGGAUCUGCUGCGGAUCCAGUUCUGGAUCGGUGCCGUCAUCAUCCUCGGCAUGCUGGAAAAAGCUGUGUUUUACUCCGAAUAUCAGAGCAUCCGUUACAAAGGAGACUACGUUCAAGGGGCUGUGAUUUUUGCUGAGCUGCUUUCUGCACUUAAAAGAUCUCUGGCCCGAAUCCUGGUCCUCAUUGUCAGUCUUGGCUAUGGCAUAGUCAAGCCCAGGUUAGGUACCACAGUCCACCGGCUGGGAGCUGUUGGGCUCCUCUACCUGCUCUUCUCCUCUGUGGAAGGUGUGCUAAGAGUGACAGGUGGUUUCUAUGGGACGGUCGCCCUGGUGGCUAAUCUCAGCCUCUCCCUUAUUGACUCCUGCGUCAUGUGGUGGAUUUUCAUCAGUCUGUCUCAAACCACCCGUCUCCUGAAGCUCCGCAGGAAUAUAGUGAAACUGUCGUUGUAUCAGCACUUCACCAACACCCUCAUCUUCUCUGUUGUCGCUUCCAUCAUAUUCAUCAUCUGGACCACCAAAGUCUUCAAGCUGGUCGACUGCCAGAGGGGUUGGAGGGACUUGUGGGUAGACGAUGCCUUCUGGCGUCUCCUGUUCUCCACCAUUCUGCUGGUCAUCAUGGUGCUGCUGCGGCCUUCUGCUAACAGCCAGAGGUUCUCCCAUUCUCCUCUGAUUGAUGAAGAUGAUGACGAGGAAGAGGCCAAGGAGCCAAUGCUGAGUGACGCUUUUGAGGGAAUGAAGAUGAGAGGAUCAAAGCCUGACUCUAAUGGCUCCCAGAAAUUGUUGAGUAAAGAGGAUGAAAACCUAAAAUGGGUUGAGGAGAACAUUCCUACAACUGUUGCUGAUGUAGCUCUUCCUGUAAUGCUCGAUGAAGAAGAGGAAAUCCUGAAAACCAAGAUGGAGAGAUCCAAAAUGGAGUAGACGUGAACGGAAGAAGAUGACGCGAGAAUGAAAAGAAAGCAAUUUCACUGAGGCAGCGAUGAAUGCGUUCUGAGUGAUCCGAUUACCAAAAACAAAAAAAGAUGUGCGCAAACCCAACUGUUCUCUCCAUACAGUUUACAUUUUUUUUAAAUUUUAUUUCACAUGUGUUUUUUAUUUCACACUAAUAAGCUCAAAGAAGCUUGAAUAGUGUGUUUCUAUUAAGGCGCGAUUGUGCAACGCGUAGUUGGAUGGGUUGGCAAUAACACAGCAGAGCACUUUGAUAAAUAUUGUAUUUGUUUCAAAGAUGUUUCUUUAAUUUCUAACACUAAGCGGAAACUAGGCAAUUUUUACACAAUGCCCUUGUAGAAAAUAGAAUAUUUAUCAAAAAUCAUUGUCUUAUUGUUUUAGACUAACGCAAUAUUUAAGUUUCACCACACGCUUCAAAUUGAAAAAGCCUGAUGAGUCAAAUUCGUUGGACUUUGAGGACUGAUUUUAAAUCGUGAUGAUGAUGUGGCGGUUCUUUCAGCCAAGAGGUCGGAUCCUUGUAUGAAUGGAAACGAGAGCUGAAAACGACAAAUUAUUCUGCAUAAUGUUUAAAGCAACACAGCUUCGGACACUUGAACUCAAGGUUAUCUCCAGAGAUGUGCUGUGCCCGUGCACUGUAAAAUAUAGAAGAAACCCCACUGUUUUCAACAGGUGUUUUAUUGCAUUACAUAUCUAAUCGGUCACAUGAUGACAUACAUUUAAUAUAUAUAAAUGAGCAGGCGACUGUACGGUAUGGUUAACCAUUUAGCCAGAUAACAAAUCAAUGCUUUUACCUAAUCGGAGAUGAUUUCCUGAGCAAAUUUCUUAUGGCUGCACCAACAAAUUAUUUAUACGUCUUAUUGUUCACACACACGACUAACGCGUCGUCUGGCUAACUGAGUAAUCCUCGGUAAGUUACUGUUACUCUAUGUAAAGACAGCUGCAUCAGUGGAUAUCAAUACUUGAAGCAUAUCACGUAAAACGUGCUACGUUUGUGUUUUGGGGGAUUCUUGAGUUAACAAGAACGCAACUGUUUUCUGUAUACUAUCGUAAACACAGCGUCAUCGGAAGUGUUCGUAUUGGGCGCCCAAGAGUUGCGAUUUUCAAGCUUUUGUUAACCAGUGAAAGACUGCUUGGUCCUUAGCGAGUUGGGAAAAUGUAUAACCUUAAUUAAAAACAUUUUCCAGACCCGUUUUCACACAGAAGUAGUCAUGAGGAAAGAAUUAAGGAUAUUUAUUACAACAUAUUUAGCUUCUAACAUAACAUUAGUGUUAUGUCCACUUCAUGUCACCAACGUGAAAACUGAAUCACAGAAUCCAUUGAUGAGCUUCACGAAUGUGGUGUGGGCCUAAAUUCAAAUAUAUGUUUGAUUGACUGAAUGUAUGUAAUUAUUUUCUAAGAUCCUCACCCAAAUUCAGUAGCACAGGUUAAAUGCUAAAUGUAUAAUUUUCAUUUGCCUGCAAUUACAGAUUCCUUUGAGUUUAUCCCAUUCACACUGCAAGUAAUCUCGCCUUAUGUGGCAGAAUUAUAUCCCGUCCUUGUGCACUCUACUGCAGGAUAUUCUAAAUUACUUAAUUUAUGUUUUGUUUUUUUAUAUUUGUCAAAGUGUUGUUGAGGAUACUUUUUUUUUUUAAGAGACUGAAGCCCAAUUUCUGGAUGUGAGUCUGCAUUGUAAUGUGAAGCUGAUUAUAUUGUAUGGCUUUUUGCGUAUGUCCUGCAAAUAAAAUUUAUAUUGAAACAAA